AUGGGAAAAGCAAAGAAAACAAAAGGACAUCCAUUCUCCAGUCAUUAUGAUAAAAUUAUCUUGGAGAAUAUAAAAAAAUUGGGAAAUCAUAAAGACCGCUAUUUGAUGAUUAGUAAAUUGCCCGGAUUGUAUUUAAAGUUUACUUCAAAGCAAAUAAGACAAAGGUACACGAAUAUACUCGACCCAGCUCUUUGUCACGACCCGCUUGGUUAUGAUGAAAGAAUGUAUAUCAUCCAGGAAAUAAGACUAAAUAAUAAUGUUAGUUGGAAAAAAUUAACUCUUAAGAUGAAUGGUCAAUUCAGUAAAUUACGUUCCGAAAAUAAAAUAAAAAAUUUUUGGACUUCUACCAAAAAAUCGCUUCUUUCUAGAAGGGAUAUUCAUCCAGAAGCAAGUUCGUUGGAUAUCUUAGUUGAAGAAGCGUUAAGAUAUGAUUUUUUUAAGACAGAUUAA